CGACGUAGAUGGCGCUGUAGUACCGACGCGAGUCGACCCCAAGCUAGCUUGCUCUGGGAACAUUUGCUUCGAGCUCCAUACAUUUUCUUCUGGUUCUCUACGUCUAUAGUUUGGUUGUGCACCAGUUCAAAAAUAAUUUCAAAAUUUUUGCCAUCAGGAAAAAAGUUAAAAUGACGGACAAGCCUAAGCGUCCCAUGUCAGCUUAUAUGCUAUGGCUGAACAGUGCCAGAGAACAGAUCAAGUCGGAGAACCCCGGCAUGAAAGUCACCGACAUUGCUAAAAAGGGAGGAGAGAUUUGGAAGUCGAUGAAAGACAAGACUGAGUGGGAAGAGAAAGCCGCUAAGGCCAAGGAGCAGUACGCAAAAGACCUCGAGUCAUACAACGCCAACGGCGGUGGUGGCGAGGGCGGCGGCAAGAAGGCACAAAAGCGAGGAAAGAAGGGCAAGAAGGCAGCACCCGCUAAAUCCAAGAAAAAGAAGGAAGAGUCGGAAGAUGACGAGGGUGAGGAGGAGGAAGAGGAAAGCGAAUGAUCUCCCAACAUAUACGACAUUACUGUUCAUAUUGAAUAAUUUACUUGGACUUAAUUUAUUACAAAGUAAAAUGGGACUGACUUUCCAAAGUCUGUAUGACAUUUCACAUUUUUUUAAUAAUUUUUUACUGAGUUGAAUUUUACUAAUUUUUGGCUCAUGUUUCUGAUGCAUUAUAACAAUAAUUUUGGUCUACACAUGAAAUUUGUUGAUGUUUCAGUGUAUUGUUUAUCUACUACUUAUGUUUUGUAGUAUUAAUAGUAAUGAUAGAUGUAUGUAAGAGAAUUGCAGAGUUUGGAAAGUUCUGCCGCUGGCUAGGGUCUAGGUUUCUAAGCCUCAAAAAAAAAAUAAUGUUUAAGUGUUAGCAUGUAUACACCGGGGAAUUGUACAGUUAGCCCUCCCUCGUUAAGUUCGCUGUGACUACUGGAUGCUCACUUGUAAGAUGUGACUGGUUUCAUCAAAACUAGUAUGUCUGCAAUAUUACCUGAUUUGCUGUAUAACAUACAUAUUUAUGUUGAAGCUGUGCUUUGAUUUAAUAUACCAUAAUUUUAAUUUACUGUAUAUUAAUAAGUUGUGUGCAUUAAUUUUGGACAUAGAAGUUUUGGUCAAACUAUACCAACAUGUAAAAUUAGAGACUAUUUCAUGAACGUAUGUGGCGGCUUAUUGUUAAUUAAACCUACCUCUUCUCAUUGUAAAUUUCAAUGCUGAUAAUGGUACCAAACUCUAAGCUAAGAUCCCACUUAGGAAAUUGAUGUGUAUGUUGUAUUUUUAGUUAGUUAAUAGGUAGGUUUUCGAUGUGAUUUGUCUCUCAAAUUUUACAUUUGUGUUAUUUUGUAAAUGAGAAUUAGCAUUCCUCAUGUCAAUACGGAUUUUACAUGUUCAAUAAAGUAAUUUCAUAUAAAAUAUUCUAUUUUUCAA